AUGGUUCUCGCAGCAAAGAGAAAGUACAAAAAAUCCUUAAAUUCUGAGCCUGCUAGCAAGCAAGCCAAGAAGGACCGUCAAUCGAAAAAGCAUCAAGCAUCUUCUGAUGAGGAAGACGAGCAUGAGAGUGCCUUUGCUGGAAAUACCGGUUUCUCAGAAGAAGAGGAGAAUGGUGAUUGGGAAUCCAACUCGGAUGAUAGCGACCAUGAGGAUAAACUCGAAAGCACCAAAAUUAAAACUACCAAGGCAACUGAGGAUGAUUUGAUUUCAGGCGAAUUGGAAGGACUCAAGGAGACUGCCGAGCUCUACAAAUCCAAUAUUUUCAAGUUAGAGAUUGACGAAUUGUUGACAGAAAUCAACGUCAAUUACGAUAAACACAAGGCAUUGCAAAAGGCACUUCACCAUUUGAAGGCCAUUUUCGACAGCAUUCCCGAAGGAAAGCAGCUCAAGUUGCAUGAAUUUGCCCAAGACAUGUUGAAAAAGAACAAAAUUGUGACACCUUUCCCUGAUCCUCAACCCUCCAAGGAAGCAUUGCACUCAUUUGCAUUCCAAAAGCCCACCGCCAUGCACAUUGUAGGUGGUUACGGCCUCAAAUCCAUCGCCAAGUCAAAAUCAGCCUUCAACGUCGAUGUCGCUGUUGAGAUGCCCAGCUCCAUUUUCCAAGAGAAAGAUUACGCCAACUACCGUUAUCAUCACAAACGUGCCUGUUACUUGGCUGUGUUGGCCAAGGCUAUCCAAUCCGCCAACAAAAAGUUUAACGUCGAGUACAGCACCAUGAACGGUGAUGCACGUAGACCCAUCUUGUUGAUCAAAGCAGCAGGCGAUAAAUCCGAUGUCGAUUUCAGUAAAACCAAGUGUGUGAUCCGCAUCUUGCCCAGUGUCAAUGCCGAUGUGUUCCCCAUCCAUCGUUUAGCGCCUGGCAAGAGCUGUGUCAAACCUGCAGAAGCUACACCUCACUACAAUGCUUCUCUGUUGAUGGAUACAUCGUAUACUGGCAAUCUAGCCUUUCUUUAUCAACACAGCAAAACCAGCCCUGAAUUUAAGAACGCCAUCUUGCUGGCUCGUACCUGGCUUCAUCAACGUUUUCACAAUACCAACAUUGGAUUCACACCGUUUGUCUUUGCCAUGUUGAUGGCUUAUUUGAUGCAAGGUAACAAGGAUGGUACCGGUAAAAAGCUGUCUGCCAGCCAUAGUUCAUACCAAUUGCUGCGUGGUACCUUGGAUUUUAUUGCCACACAUGAUUUUGCUACUACACCAGUGUUUUUGGGAGAAAAUGAAAAGUCUGAAUUCUCGGCUGUCGAGUUCCAAACGCACUACGAUGUUGCUAUUGUAGACCCCUCAGGCACACUCAACUUGACCGCCAACAUGACAACAUCUGGAUUGGCACAAUUACAACACGAAGCUAAGUUGGCCAUGACCUAUUUCAAUGAUCCCACAGAUCGAUUUGAGCCUCUCUUUUUGAAGCAUGUCAAUGAUGCCAAACUCAAGUUUGAUAAUGUGGUGCGUAUCCCCUUUGUCGCUGAAGCACCUGUGGAGGCAUUUGACGAAGCUGCCAAGGCUGACUACCAUAGCUAUUUGUCUUGGUUCGUUAUUCGCAUGAGUGAUGUGUUGAAGCGUGGUUUGACCAACCGUGUGGAUUUGGUCGCUGUGCAACAUACUGAUGCCAAUGCUUCUUGGGCCUUGACCGACAAGAUCCAACAACACGAUCAAGUUACUGUCACUGUUGGUCUUUUGUUGAACUCUGACAAUGCUCCUCGUCUUGUGGACCAAGGGCCCGAUUCCUCCAACGAUGAAGCCGUUGCUGAAUUCCGCCAGUUCUGGGGCAACAAGUCUGAAUUGCGUCGUUUCAAGGAUGGUGCUAUUGUGGAAUCUGUCGUCUGGCAAACACAAGGCUAUGAGAACCGCAGUUUGAUUGUGCAAAAGAUUGUCUUGUACUUGCUUCAAUUACACUUGAAUGUCGAGGCCUCUCAAUUGAUCUACUGGGCUGGCCAGCUUUACAGCUACUUGAACCUCGCCAAGUGUGUGCCUGAAAACCUGUUUAGCCCUGAACUCAAGACCAGCGGGUUCCAUCCUGUCAUGCAAGCCUACCAGCAAUUUUCCAAGCAACUGCGUCAAGUGGACGAUGCUCUGCCUCUGUUGAUCAACAAUGUGUAUCCUGCUCACGCCAAUUUACGUUAUGCCUCUGUCACCUUGCCUCACCCUGUUGAUUUCAACAACAUGGUGCAGUAUCCGACUACCACGCGUUAUUUCGACGCGAUUGAUGUUGUCGUCCAGAUUGAACGUUCUGCCAAGUUCCCUGAUGAUCUAGCCGUGCUGCAAAAGGUCAAGCACGCCUUUUAUCUCAAGAUGUCUGAAGAGCUCAAGACUCGCUUUGAUGUGGACUCGGUUGUAGUGGACGAUGUGCGCGAAAAGAACCCUUUGGCAAUUCGUGGCUACCUGGAUGUCUACUACUUUGGUUAUCUCUUCCGUUGUCAUAUCUGUUUAGAGCAAGAAGCCACUCUAUUAGAAAAGAUUGUUGAUGCUAAAACCACCACCAAACUCAACAAAGCCUUGGCUACGGAGGCACUCGACAAAUACAAGUAUCAAUUGCGCUAUAAGCAAACGCACACCUUUUACGUACAGGCCAUGUGUGCCAAAUAUACCGCUUAUUCUUCCACCGUGCGUUUAGCCAAGCGUUGGUUUGGUGCUCACUUGUUGUCUCCUCAUGUGUCUGAUGAAAUGGUGGAGCUCUUGGUGGCUCACGUCUUCUUGGAGUCCCAGCCUUGGGUCGCUCCUGUCAGCACUUUUGCUGCCUUUGCUCGUGUCUUGGGCUUGUUGGCUACUUGGGAUUGGCAAACCAUACCCUUGAUUGUGGAUAUCGAAGGUGAAUUGACUACCAAGGACCGCGAAGAGAUUGUCUCUCAAUUUAACCAACAUCGUCGCACCAAUCCUCAAAUGAGUGUGGGUGCCAUGACCAUCGCCACUGCUAAAGACCAUUCAGGCCAUCGUUGGACCACCAAGAAGCCUGCCAGAGUUAUUGCUGCUCGUAUUCAAGCCUUGGCGCGUGCCUCUGUGCAAGUCAUGGAAGAAGCGACAUCGAACCAAGAUAUCAAGCGUGUAUUUGUCACUCCCAUGCAAGAUUACCCUGUUGUUCUUGAUCUGGAUAUCGAACACUGUACACGUUACUACCAAAACAUGCAUCCUGAGGCCAAAUAUCUGAAGCCAAGUUACGGUGUUGCUGAAUUGGGCGAUAAGCCUUAUGCUCAGUUGGAUCCAGUACAAGAUUUCAUUGCUGAUAUUGAACAGGUGUAUGGCAAUACCGUUAUGGUGUUCCACAACAAGUAUGGCGGUGAUAAAUUAGCCUUGGUUUGGAACCCUACAGUGGCUACGCCUAUGCAGUGGAAGGUGAAUGCGGGUUAUAACAGUGUGCCUGUGGACAUGAACAAGAAUGGAUUCUUGAAACCUGCCAAGGGUCAAACUGGCAUUUCCAAAUUUAUUGCACCUAAUUUUGCUGCCAUUCUAGCAGAGAUUGAACGAUUAGGUAGAGAUGGUAUCUUGAAGCAACAGCAACAACAACAAGAGUAA